CGGAGGGUGUGAUGCCGGUGAACGUGAGGACUCCGUGCCGCCGCCGUCGGAGCGCUCUGUCCGGGGUUGGACUCCAGUAGAGACCGCGCGGAGGAGACCGAAAGGACAGAAGCUUUAUGUUAAAGGACUGCACCUUGGAGCAAAGUGGCUGCCAGGAGCCCGUCACCAUGCGGGUCCUGUUGAGCGUCCUGUACCCUGUCCUCUCCCUCACCAUUUUCGGAUUAUAUCCCUCUCUGACUAUCGGGCCAAAGGAGGGCUGGCAGGUGUACAGCUCGGCCCAGGAUGCUGAUGGGCGCUGCAUCUGCACAGUGGUGGCACCAGAACAGAGCCUGUGCUCCAGAGAUGCCAAAAGCAGACAGCUCCGCCAGCUCCUGGAGAAGGUGCAGAACAUGUCUCAGUCCAUUGAGGUCCUGAACCUUCGCACUCAGAGAGAUUUCCAAUAUGUCAUGAAGAUGGAAAACCAGAUGAAGGGCCUGAGGACCAAGUUCAGACAGAUUGAGGAUGACAGGAAAUCCAUCAUAUCCAGAAACUUCCAGGAGCUUACGGACAAGAUGGACGAUCUGAAGCCCUUGAUCCCUGUUCUGGAGCAGUACAAGAUGGAUGCUGCACUUAUUUCCCACUUUAAGGAGGAGAUCAAGAACCUCUCAGCAGUGCUGACAGGCAUCCAGGAGGAGAUCGGGGCCUUUGACUACGAUGAGCUCUAUCAGCGAGUUCUGCGCCUGGACAGCAGACUCCGCAGCUGUAUGGGCAAACUAACGUGUGGGAAAUUAAUGAAAAUCACUGGACCUGCUACAAUAAAGACAUCUGGAACUCGGUUUGGGGCAUGGAUGACUGAUCCUCUCGCAUCAACCAGAAACAACGGGGUUUGGUACAUGGACAGUUACACUAACAGCAAGAUAGUGCGUGAGUACAAGACGAUGGAUGACUUUGUAGCAGGGGUGGUUUCCCGAACCUACAGCCUCCCAUUUAAAUGGGAGGGAACCAAUCACAUGGUCUACAAUGGAUCGCUCUACUACAACAAGUACCAGAGCAACAUCAUUGUCAAGUACAACUUCGAGACAGGCAGCGUGCUGGCUCAGCGGGCUCUGGAGUACGCCGGCUUCCACAACAUGUACCCAUAUACAUGGGGUGGAUACUCCGACAUCGAUGUCAUGGCUGACGAGCUGGGAAUGUGGGUUGUGUACGCGACCAAUCAAAACGCUGGAAAUGUUGUCAUCUCCCAGAUAGAUCCCGACACCCUGCAUGUGCUGAAGACCUGGAACACCGAAUACUCCAAAAGGAAUGCGGGUGAAUCUUUCAUGAUCUGUGGGACGCUCUAUAUCACAAACUCUCACCUGUCAGGUGCAAAGGUUUACUACGCUUACUCUACGAAGACUUCAAGUUACGAAUACGUAGACAUUCCUUUCCACAACCAGUAUUUUCAUAUCUCCAUGCUCGAUUACAACGCCAGAGAGAGAGCACUGUAUGCCUGGAAUAACGGACACCAGGUCAUAUUUAAUGUCACCCUCUUCCAUGUCAUAAAAACCGAUGAUGACUCUUAAACAGGACACCUUUCCAACCACAACUAAAGCACCAAGGACCUCCUAAUUACCAUGUUCUCUUUUCUCAAAAUGGACUGUGGUAUCUGUACUUGCCACUCCUUGAACUUUUCUAAUUUGUGGCUCUGGAUUCUUGGCUGAACUGAGCAUGGACACUGAUGACUUGAUACCUUACUGGAAAACAUGUUAUACAUUUGUUUCUUAAUUUUUUUCUUUGCUGCUGAUCAGACUGGAAUGUCUUAUUUGCUUCGUUGGGUUUGCCAACCGAACACUCGAGAACGCUUUUGCAUGAAUGUCCACAUUUUGUCUGCAGUGAUUCCCUAGCAUUUAGCUGUGUUUUUUUGCGAAUUUGUUCCGCUGACAGUGUUUGCAUUUUUGUCUAUUUAAAAGUAUAUUUAAAAAUAUUUAAACCGUAAAGGCAAAACACUUCUCCUUCAUAUUUGUUACCACCUUACGCUAGCUGAUUAUAAAAUGUAGUAGCCAUUCUUUUAAAGAUGGGCCUAUAAGAUAUUGCUGUCAAGUGUGUAACUGUAAGAACAUUUGUAUUUUUUAUAAAAACAAAAAGCAUAUGUGCAUUUUCAUUCAAAAUUAAAAUAUUGUACAUUUCAUUAAAAUUGUUUUGGCUAGUAAAAUGUAUACCUGCCAUGAUCUUA